GUGCCUCAUUUUUGUUCUUCGAGACUCAGUGAGUUGACGGUGCAAACUCCAACUCCCAUCGGCCCCCGCGUCACAGAGCCGACAUGGCGCCCGUCUGUCGGACAAAAGGCGAAGCCGUCUGACGGAGAAUGGACGCCAAGUAAGCGCUGCGCACUCUUGGGGGAAACUGUCAGCGUCCGCGCGCGUCGCAGAACUGCGCCAACAUCUGCAUGAGCACACCAAAAGCGUCGCAGGCGCCUGGACCGGGACUGUAAGGAUGUUUGGUCGGGGGGAGGAGCCUCGCUUCACCAUCGAGCAGAUCGACCUGCUGCAGCGGCUGAGGAGGACGGGCAUCUCCCAGGCGGAGCUCCUCCACGCGCUGGACGCCCUGGAACACCUGGAGCGCAGCCGCAGACCCAGACCCAGACCCGCCCCCCUGCCCUCCUCCGUGACCUCCGCCGCCACGCAGACCGCCUUCCCUGAGAAGAGCCUGCUGCUGUCCCCCCCUCGCCCCGUCUCCAUCACUCAGAGCGCUCUGGUGGCCAGCGGGAAGCUAUCGCCGCUGGCCGUGGUGGGGUUCGAGACCAGCGAGGAGGACCUGGACGUGGACGAGAAGGUGGAGGACCUGAUGAGGAGGGACAGCUCCGUCAUCAAGGAGGAGAUCAAGUCCUUCCUGGCUGCCCGCCGGAUCUCUCAGGCCGUGGUGGCUCAGGUGACAGGCAUCAGCCAGAGCCGGAUCUCCCACUGGCUCCUCCAGCAGGGCUCGGACCUCAGCGAGCAGAAGAAGCGAGCCUUCUUCCGCUGGUACCAGCUGGAGAAGAGCAACCCAGGCGUGACCCUGGCCAUGAGGACGGCGCCGUUGGCACUGGAGGAGGUGGUGGACUGGCACCAGCCCUCCUUCACGCCGGCGCCCGGCGGCUUCCGCCUGCGGCGCGGGAGCAGGUUCACCUGGAGGAAGGAGUGUCUGGCCGUCAUGGAGAGCUACUUCAAUGACAACAGCUACCCCGAUGAGGUCCGGAGAGAGGAGAUCGCCGCCGCCUGCAACGCCGUCAUCCAGAAGCCAGGGAAGAAGCUGUCGGACAUGGAGCGGGUCACCUCGCUGAAGGUCUACAACUGGUUCGCCAACCGCCGCAAAGACCUCAAGAGACGAGCCAACAUAGAAGCAGCCAUCUUGGAGAGUCACGGGGUGGUGGACGUCCAGAGUCCAGGAGCUCAGUCCAACAGUGACGAGGUGGACGGCGGUGACUUCCCGGAGCAGGGCUGCGACGUCUUCGACAAGAGAGUCUCCUCCCGAGGGUUCGGGUUCGGCCGCGCGGACUUGUCCUCACCCACCCAGGUUCCCACUCUGAUCCCCAGCUGGUUUUCUGCUCUGGGCCGCGGCCACAGGGGGCGCUCUCUGCUGUCAGGGGCUCAGGCGGAAGGGUCCAAGCUGCCCGGGGCCUCCUGGUCCCCGACCUCCCUGCCGGACGAACCCAUGACCCACGGCACGCUGCCUCAGGACCCCAGCGGCCAACAGAAGGUCCCCGCCCCUCACGAGGUGUCGGGUCUGAGCGCCGCCAUCAAGACCGAGGUCCUGGAGGACGACUGAGCCGGGAGGCGUGGCCACACGCCAGUGGCUCCCGGAGCCCGACACAUUGUCACCCACCCGACAGCAGUCGUCCACACCACCGCGCUUCAGUUCCUAGGUUGCAGAUUUGAGGUCAGUGACUGAAGCCGAGGGCCACAAAGGUCGAGACUGGAGUCAUGUGACUGCUGCAAACUAAAGCGUGGCCGUGUGGACGACCCACCCCUUCCCACACACACUUGUGACAGCUGUCCUUGUGGGGACCUCUCCAUCACCCUUUCCCCAGCCUCUUCCCCAAAAAACACACGACUAAACUGAACCAGGACUCUAAACCAGAAGCAGCCAGUUAUUGAGGAGACUCUCAUGGUGUCCCCACAAGUACAGCUGGACAGGAAUACACACAGCAGCCUCAGAGACUUCAGAGAACAUGUAGCAGUGUGUUUCCUCCGCUCACCUGGCGACAGCAGACGUGGCCAAACGUUCCCAGCUCGGGUGCCUCUGUCAGGUGCCGUGUCAGCGGCUCCCAGCAUGCAUCUGGCCCAUCACUGUGAUUGGUGGACUCACACCUUCAGAACAGAGUGUGUGAGACCAUGUUCCAGACACAUGAAAUGUGUCGCUCUGUUUGCAAGCGGAAAUGAUUUUGUUUGCUGUGUUGUAAACACACGCGCUCACACUGACCUGGUGCUUCCACUUCCUGUCGCUCAGAGCCCCAGCAGGAAGUCCCUCAGUUCUCAGAACCUGGAGCCGUGGUCCAGAUCCGGCCCUCAGAGCUCCGCUAGCUUGGAUUCUGGACCCUCGCGGCUCCGCGCAGACGGGAAACCGCACGCUAACCUCGGAACGGAACUCGCUCGCAGGAGUUUGGUAUCGUAGCUACUGGAGUUCAAAACUCAACACAAAUACCUCACACCGUCUGUUUGGUGCAUUACUACGAGUCUCGGAGCGACGACGCGACUCGCACCAGAAAAGGGAAGUGGAAGAGCCAGAACUGGCUGUGUCCUUGUUCUCUUGAGUUUUCUGCAGCGCGGGGGUGUGGCCUGGAGUCCAGGGCGGCUCACGUCCUGCGAGAUCCCCGGUCCCCCAGGGACUCAACCCAACAGUCUUCCACCUGGCUCAGGUGCGACGGUCGUUCACUCACGGCUCAGACGGUCCCGUCAUCGAUGACUUCAGCUUCCGGUCGCCGCCACGUUCGCCUCAUGUUUCAGGAUUCAGUGCCUUGUUUGGACGCCGACUGUUUGUUACGUUUCCUGUGUUGAAAUAAGGUUUGUUCUUACUGUCGUUUACGUUGAAGGGAAUAAAAUCUGAUCCGAGUCACAGCCUGCCUCUGCCUGGUCAUGUGAGGGCCCAAACAAUACGACCACCUGACUG